GUCCGUGAUAAAAAACGGGCUUCUCUAUUAAAGGAGAAACGAAUCUCAGGUGGACAAGCAAAUCCUCCUCAUGUUAUUGUUCUUUUUGGACUGACUUCAUCUGCGAACUUAAAUUUACUUGCCAGAGAUCUUUUGACAUUAUCAUCAGGAGAGGAUACAAAACCUAUUUCAACCACUGUUGCUUCUCCAGUUUACAAACUUAGAACAACAGUUAUCAACACCUUGCUUCCAGACCACUGGAAUCAGGAACCUUUGCUUGCUGAAAAUGUAGCAGAUCCUUUGUCUGGGGAACAGACAUGGCCAACAGAAGCAGAAAUGGCUGAAGCCGAUGCAAACAAUAAAGAGAGAAAAAUAAUCAGAAAGAAAAUCCCUUGGGGCACCUCAGAGUACCAGGCUGCUUGGAUUGUGGAAGACACAGACAAUAAGGAUUCAGGAAGCAGUGAAGAAGGUGAUGGGAUGGUGCUGGAUGAGCAGAAAGAUAACUUAGUAGAGGAAAAGUAUGAUUAUUUGGAUGUAGAUGAGAAUUCGAAUAUCAUGGAAAAUUUUGAUGAAGCAACCGAGGCUGAUACUGAGAUGGCAGAUGAUGAAAGCCUGACAAAGGAGCAGAUAGAGGCAGAGAUCAGGAAGAUUAAAGAUGCAAAUGCUGAAGAUGAAGAAUUUCCGGAUGAAGUGGAUACACCGAUGGAUGUUCCAGCUAAAAAGCGAUUUGCUAAAUACAGAGGACUUAAGUCUUUUAGGACCUCUGCAUGGGAUCCUAAAGAAUCUUUGCCACCGGAAUAUGCUAGAAUUUUUGCUUUUGAUAAUUUUGCAAGAACACAGAAGCAUGUCCUUGCAAAAGUUCUUGAUAUUGAUCAAGGGAGCAUGAAUGACUGUGCACCAGUCGGAACGUAUGUGAGACUCCAUGUAAAGGAUGUGCCUAUUGAUGUUGCCACUAAGCUAUGCCUCCUUUCAGAAAAGUUGCCUGUGGUUGCAAGUGGGCUUCUACAACAUGAGAUGAAGAUGUCUAUCCUUCAUUUCAGCAUAAAGAAGCAUGACUCAUAUGAAGCUCCUAUAAAAUCCAAAGAGAUGUUCAUUUUCCAUGUUGGGUUCCGCCAGUUCUUUGCAAGGCCAUUAUUUUCUUCUGAUAAUAUAAACUCUGAUAAGCAUAAGAUGGAAAGGUUUCUACACCCAGGACGCUUUUCUAUAGCUUCGGUUUAUGCUCCUAUAUGUUUUCCUCCACUGCCUCUAAUUGUCCUGAAGAAUAUGCAUGGAGAGGCACCAUCUAUUGCUGCCACUGGUUCAUUAAGAAGUGUGGACCCAGACAGGAUAAUUCUUAAAAAAAUUAUAUUAACCGGUUACCCCCAAAGAGUGUCAAAGUUGAGGGCCACUGUGCGUUUUAUGUUUCACAAUCCUGAUGAUGUCAGAUGGUUCAAGCCUGUAGAUGUCUGGACCAAAUGUGGUCGCCGUGGUAGCAUAAAGGAACCUGUUGGUACCCACGGAGCUAUGAAAUGCGUCUUUAAUAGCGUGAUUCAGCAGCAUGACACUGUAUGCAUGAGCUUGUACAAACGUGCAUACCCUAAAUGGCCAGAACAACUUUUCCUGUUAUGAGGCAGUACAGUGGCUUGAGUCAUUCUCAUGCCUCUCACUGGGAGUGAAGCGUUGGUUCAGAUGAUAUCGGCUUUCGUCCGAUGGUAGCAACUGCAACCUGGACCUGUGUACAGAAAAUUUUGAUGAUUUUUUUUUUUUUGAAAUUUGAUCUUAUGCUUGAAGAUUGUUGACCUCCUUUCAGCCAUGUGACUUUCUCAUCCAGUUUUGUGCAUUAAUAUCAGUCAAUGAUUUGUGGGGGGUACAGCGAUCAUGAACUUGGUUGGUUGGUGAUGGCAUUGGUACUGAUGUUGAAAAUAUCAAAUGAUUUUUGUGUCGAACACUUGUUACAUUCAUUAUAUUUACCAAAUAUUUAUUUAUUGGCUGUUUUUUUGGCUUAUCGCUAAAAUA